AUGGUCGAUCUUCCUACGGAGGUGGUCUUCGAUGCUACGCCAUAUGGAAUCACUGCUGAAAGGCCUCUCUUUCUGAUGAAUGACAGUGACGGUCCCAUGGGGCUUACUUUUGUCACUGACGGGCCCUUCUCUGUUUCUCCCACCAGUGUCAGCCUUCCUCCAAUGAUUUCCAAGCAACUCACUCUUACCUGUCACCCUACCAAUGUUGGGGUGAACCGGGGUACUUUACAUGUUUCUCUCAAUAAGGCUCUAUACAAAUCCGUCGCUCUCAUCUGUAGUUCAUACUCUGCUGAAUUUAAGUUGGAGCGGACGGUGCUCGAUAAUUUUCCUAAGACUCUAGUUACCCAUACAGCCACAUCCCAUGUAGACCUAAUGAAUAUGUCCGACGUCGUGACAACUUUUAAGGUUAAAGCCUACCCCUGUCCUCAGAACGGGGAAGACCCCGAUUUUCAUGAGCUACUACUGCCCUUCUCUGUCUUCCCUCUUUCUGGAACAAUCUAUCCUAGCAGCAAGUGUACUUUCACAGUUACUUUUCAACCAUCAGUUUCAGGUCCGCACGACACCACCGCUUGGAUUGAGUGCACGGGCAGCAAAGAACGUCAGCCUCUCCGGAUGCGUGCAUUAGCGGUUGGUCCGGAAGUUGAGUUUGAUUGUGACGAGCUUCGCUUCAGGGCAGUCGUGGUCGGUGCUUCUGCACGGGGUGAGCUCACGUUAACAAACCACUCUGAGAUAGAGGUAGAGUUUCACUUGAUGCCUACGGAGGAGCAUGAUCCUAGUUACAUUUUGCAAUAUAGCUGUAUUAGUGGGGUUAUUCCACCCAGAUCUCAUAUCAAUAUAGAGCUUACAUUCACCCCCCAUUCUAUAAAGGAAUAUAUCAUCCCUUCUCUCUGGUCUAUUCUUGGCCUGAGCAAGUGUCUUGUCGUUGAAAUCAAAGCCACUUCCGUGGCUCCCAAUGUCGAGAUGAAGGUCUUCUCUGACAGUCUCACCGAAACACACCUUCGUGUCCUGAUCGCCGAUAAGCGGCUCCGGCGGCGCAUUAUUGAUGAGGCCAAUGGACGGCGCGGGGUUUAUUAUAGUGAUGAGCAUAGCGACGUUGAGCACAUGUCCUGGCUUACCAAAGAGUUUCUGGCGGUUAACGAGAUCGAUAAAGACAGGAUCAUUGACUUUGGUCUUGUGGCCUUCAGCUUCUCCAGUAGUAAGGAUCUUCGAGUGCGCAAUCUCUCCCAACUGGAAUGUGACUUUACGCUCAAGAUUGAGCCGUCCCGUUGGGUUUUUGACCACGAAGGUCAGGGAAACAGCGACACUAAGCAGGAAAUGCUUUUGGCCUGUUCAGACUUUAGCGUCAAUCCGCCCCAUCUUAGAUUGAAACCUGGUGCAGAUGCACAUGUCUCUUUGACGAUCCUUCCUAAGCGCCGUGCUGGGUUUUACAAGGACAUUGAUCUAAAUCUUUAUCACGCAUCUUCUCAGCGCCCGCUACAAACUAUUCAGAUAAUCGGAUCAAUCAUCAAUCCCAAGUUUGAGAUUGAUCCCACGGUGAUUAAUAUUGCAGAGGGGUUCGUUGGUUACAGGCAUACGUUCAACGUUAAGAUUAAGAACGUUGCGUCUGUGAUAGGUAACUGGAGCUUUCCUGUCCAAGAUGUUCUCGAUAAUUGCCUAAUUACUUGUAGCAAAGCGAGUGGGGUACUUCUUCCUGGUGCAGAAGAAUCCCUUGAAUGCGGAAUCAUCCCACGCUCCCAGGGCCAUUUGGUUAUCCCAGUUGCAUUCACCUCUGACGCCUUUGAGAAGCAGACGCUGUCCUGUAUGGUUCAGUAUUCUGCAAGAGGCCCCCGUGUAGAGGCCGGCGGCCCUCUGGAGUUUACUCGGCCGAACAACAAGGAGUCUUACGUCAGGGUUCUCGACGUGGUGCACCUACCGCUCACUCUGAAAAACGUCGGACUGACCUCUGCUCGCUGCAGAGUGAUUCCAGAAAAGCACGGAUCCUUCUUCAGUAUUGAGAAAGAGUUUAGCGAUAAGCUUGUGGCCCCUGGCGAGGAAACAAGCAUUCCUAUCACGUUCUACACAACUGAGGCAGGUACCUAUCGUGAGAACCUGCUAGUGUAUGUGACAUUGGCGAAUGCUAGUUGCAGCCUCUCGGAGGAUACGAUCAAGGCCACUAGCAGUGUUAUUAAAGUGCCUAUGUACGCCUCUGCAAAGGGGACCAACUUGCUAUGCCCCCAUCAAGAUCUCAACAAAGAACCGAACGUUGACUGUGGCACGUGGUUUGUCACGGAGGAACUGCAGUACAGCAUUGUUAUUCAAAAUCACGGCGCCUUUGCCCAAAAUUGCACGUGGGUUUACAUAGGAAAUCCCGGGGUUAAAAAGGGUCAAGGAAACACUCAUUACCUGAAAUUCGAGCAAGACCGUGUCCAGCUGCAACCUGGGGCUUUCCAUACAUUCAAGCUAAGGGGCCGUGUUCCGUCUGUUAUCACCAACGGUCGAGAGAUCUAUCAACUGAAGUCUAAUGUACCCGGGAAGGAAACUAAAGUAGCCUUUCAGGUCACGUUUUGUUAUAGUUUUAUCAAUGCAGAGGUAACUGCCUCCGAGAUGGUUCUGCCCUUGAACGAAGGCCUGCAAACUGCUUCACUUUAUCAUGAGCGCUGCGAACCUCUUUCCUUGGGAAAGUACAGCUUCCUUGAACGACACCUUGUACUCGUAUGCAAAGGACAAAGCCCAGGAUCUGCGCCACUCGUACAAGUUACUCGAAGGCCUGUUGAAUCAUCCCUGACUAUUACUGAUGUUUCGGAAAGUAUCGCGGGUUCUGUUGUAGAUAGACCCAGCACACGCGUAUCUAACAAGAAACAGCGCCCUUCUCUUCUAAACUUUAUUUACGAAGAGUUUCCAGUUAUUGCAUCACCAGAUUACUUCAUUGAGCGUGCAGACGUUACUUCGCAAUUUCUUGGUGCAGACAAUAUUCCAUUUAAUAAUGAUCCGCCGGUUCCCCUCGCGAAAUUUGUUUCACCAGAUGGUUACUACUACGUACACCACGAGCUAACAAAGUUUAUAAAAUUGGUGAAUACAAGCAGUCUUCCUGGAAAGAUGCAGAUUCUUGUCCAGGCCCCAUUUCGGGUUCGCGCUAUAGCCAAGGAUGAUGAGCAUGUGUGCCACUAUAUCCACGAUACCCUAGCUCUUGAAGCAGGCCUUGCCGAUAGGGUUGAUGAUCCUGGCUAUUGUGGCGAUUUCAUUUCCGCAACACUAGAUAAUUCUCCUUCCCCAUGCGCCAUUGAGCAAUGCCUAGAUGGCGCUCCUGUGGCAUGUCCUCCUAACAAUGGAGACGAAGAACCUACUAUCAGCGAUGCAUCAAAUCAUGCGGUCGAUGAGCUAGAUGAGGAUGCCAGUGCUCUAGUGCCUGCCAAUGUGAGCUCCCCUUUCAGACAAGCUCUUGGGCUGCAAAAGGGCACAUCAGAAGACAGCGAAAUACCCAUUCAACCAACUGAUCCCUGCUCCAUUACUUUCGGCGGCCCGGUGCACUUUCCAGCCUUUGCACAAACGGUGUCUAUAGACCUGAAGGGCAACUCAGAAGAAUUCUGUAUCGUAGAGAUCAGUGUUGAUACAGACUACGUUCGUUCAGACUCUACGCCUAAGUUUGUUGACUCUACGCUUAUAAUCCGACUUCUUCCUCCAGGUCAACUUCCCAUUUCUGUGCCCACGGUUGCAGUGCCUCUGAAGCUUUCAGCCUUCUUCCCAAGUCUCGAGUUUCGUUCCUGUUCGUUGGCGACCCUCAAGGAGCAUAAUUUAGACAUGUAUUCUGCUUAUUCUGCCCUUAGUAAUCAAGCAUCCAAGCACGACUUACCGCUUGAUAACUCCUCUACAGAUCCUGAAAAGGGCAUCAUUGACUUUGGAAUGGCCAAUGUUGGCACUACCAUAACCCAGAUAAUACUGUGCAAGAACAUUUCCCGUUUUCCGGUUCGCUUCCAGUGGCUUCUCCAAAUGGCCCAAGGCUCGGACAAGUUCAAGUACGAUAUCACUCCAUUAGGCGUGGACGGUAACUCUGGCCUUCUUCCGGGCCACCUGGCAAAAUUCAAUGUUUCGUUUGUCGGCCAAACAAACGAGAUCUGCACAGAUCAGUGCAGAAUGAUAUGCUCCAUUGAUGGGGGAGAGUCCUACUCCUAUGGAUUACGAGCUGGCACAAGUAACCUUGAGGCCGAUGUCCGACCUAGCUAUAUAAAUUAUGGGGAUAUCACCUUUUCGUCAGAGCAGACCAGCACGAUAUCGAUUACCAAUAAGUCGCCCAUGAAAACUACUGUCGUUAUUAGCAUACCCUAUGAGUGCAGACCCUUCAUAAACAAACUUAGUAAUGCUCCACUCCAGGUACUGACCUCUCCUGCUGCUGUUUCUGACUUUAGUUAUGAGCUCAAUGGACAUAGCGUUCUUGAGAUACCAUUGAGUGUUCGACCCCUCAUUCCAGGACCGCUUUACAUUCCUUUAUCUAUCAAAAUAGGAUACUUGGAGCGUCUGAUUUUGCCCAUCACAGCCAAAGCGUAUAUUGAGCGUCCCCUCUUGGUUAGUGGUGGGAGCCUGCUGGCGGAGACCCACACGCAAGUCUCUAACACACUCCCCCCUAUGGAAUACCUUUUUCCUUGGGACAACAAUGCAUCUGCUUCUCCCCUUUCAGAACUGCUCCCGUAUAACGCCUUUCUGAUUGCUGCGAGUCUAUAUAUUCGUCAUGUUGAGGUGGAUGCCGUGGGUCUGCGAUGUCUGGCAGAAGACUCUGCUAGUUCUGAAGCAAACGCGGCAUCAACCAGUAUACAGUUGCGAUCACCCUGUUCGACUCAAUUAAUCAGCACUUUGCACAAGAAAAUAGGCCCAGAUGGCUCAUUAGAAAUCUAUGGAGUGCGUUAUGAGCCAAAAGGGACAGAGACAAUAACAAGCGAAGGCUUUCUUGCUUCUCUUCACAAGGAUUAUGUUCUGAACUCCGUAGCCAGCGACCUUUGCAUAAAUUUCCUAGAAUUCUAUCGAUAUUACGGAACCUUUCCGAUUAUAGGUGCAGAAGACAUCAUAGAGGCCGCCAGCCGGUCAGCCCAUAAUGCUGUUCGUCCGUCUGAGAAGAAGAUGAGCAUUGCCAGAACACGACUACUUUCUCCUUCGGUAGCUCACCGAUUGUCAGCCACGAACCAGGCGAAAAAGGAGACCCCCGGCACAACUCUGUUCCUGGAUGGGACAUCGAUGGUCUCUCAAGCAUCGUCAGUUACCAGAGCACCUACAUCAAACAAGCAGCCAAUCCACUUGAACGACGGCCAAUAUCACCAUCUUCGAGAGAAGCUGUCUACAAACUAUCUUUGCAACAAGUUUGUCUUAUUUAAUGUCGCGGUCUCUCUUCCCCCUGUUAUUCGCGGCACAAAGACCUCUCAGACGAUCACUAUCUACAACAAAGGAUCCACCCCCAUGCAUCUAUCAUUUGAUAAGCGCUUCAUGUUGCCAGCAGGAGUCUCUGUGGAGCCUGAAAAGGUCUCUCGUCUACCCAGCGGCGAAAGCAUCACACUUACAAUUAUGUAUACUGCAAAUCAUAAGGCUGUCCUCGGUAAUUAUGUAUUCGUCAUCCCGAUUGAGUUCAAGCAAUCUAUCAUAGGCUUCUUGACCUGCAACGUCUCAGUGACGCUACCGACAAUUCGGCCGGUCAAUUUAUCUGCAUGCUCAUCCAAUUUUGUGGCACUGCCGAUUAAGGAGUCCGACGCAUAUGUGUUAAACUUCGGUGAAGUGCUUUACGGACAAGCAAAGAUGUUCAAUCUGCGGCUUGAAAAUCCGACAGCCGUGCAGGCUGCUUAUACAUUUGAGUUUCUAAGUGGAGUAGUAGGCCUAUUGAAGGAAGGAAAGGAAAAGGGUCUCUCGGUAGAGGCUCCGCUCCUUGGGACCGACCCCAAUAUCUUUACACUAAUUACUGCAGAGGACACCGCUCUCCAAAACUACGGUUCGUUAGCUCCAAAGACCAGCGAUUUGUUGCUGGAUAUCGUGUUCAAGCCGUUUGACUACUUCCCAGAUAGCACGGAUAGAACCUACUUUAGGGGCUCCUUAGUUUUCCACGUAAAGAUGGGUGGCAUAAAUGGAAACUCAUCUAAGGUUACGGUGCAUUUUGUAGGUCUCGGGACUCACCCGGCGGUGCGCCUGAGCAAGCAGAUCGUUGAGUUUUUGCCGAUUUAUCCUAAGGAGUUACCAGGGAGCUUUGAAGUGGUUGAGCUGCGGAAUGAUUCUGAUGAGACAUAUGAGCUAUAUGUGAAAGAGUUUGACAAAUUCAAUCAUAUCGAGCAGCUGCUGUACUCUUCGUUAGCAAGGAAUUGCGGAAAGAUGCUUGUCUUUGACAGAAAGACCACAAUUCAACCAGCACUCAGGUCUUCUGAUGGGACUCAGGGAGAUCCCAGUAACAACUCUAUUUACCGCUUUGCGGGAUCGUACACUCCAGCUGCAUACGGCGCUAACAGUCCGUCUGUCCUUUCCUUACUGGGAAAGCCGGAUGUCUUGUCUCUUUUAGCUGCAAAUGAGCAACCGACUAGCGACGCUGUGGAACCCAUGCUUACUCAAACGGAGGCUCGGGCUAGGAAGCCUACUAAGAUACUAUCUACUCUCGAUAAUAAACAGGCACGUCCCCCUACCUAUUCCCAUCUUCUGAGUGAAGUGCCUGCUCCAGGGGAUGGCUUGGGUCCUAUAACUAAGAAGUUAUUAUUGGAGCUGGGACUGACUAGGCUAGUUGCCUGGUUUGAGCAAUGUUAUUUGCCGCCGGAGGCGACCGAGACAUAUGAACCAGAUGUCUCGGUUGGUAAGACCAUCAGUAAGUCUCGUGGGGCAUCGGGGCGCUCCGAUAAGCCGGAUCCUGCACACCGUACAAGCUCUGUUAUUAGUACAGAUACUCAGGGGGCAAGUAGAAACGUUGCAUCAGCUGCCAAGUCAGAGGCUGCGGACAAGUCCGUUGAGUUGCCAGUAUCCCGGGUAGAUGCGUGUGAGCUACCGGCUGAAGAUGAGACCAUCCAGUAUUUAGAUGCGCCAGUUUCUCAAGAGGACUUUGCAUAUGAUCUUUGCCCCAUAGAGCUUUUAACUCAGAAAUAUGCGCGCAUUGCGCCGUCUGUAAUCAAAGGCAGAAGCUACCGGAUCGCUAGUAACGAUACAUGUCUCAGCAACCUUCCCUUUCUCGUUUAUGUCAUUCACGGAGCCCCCUUAGCAGGAAAGACAACUCUAGCAAACAAAAUUUCUUCGUUCUAUAACAGGCCAAGAGAAGCCGUGGAUGCACUGAGCAAAGGGGUGCAGAUGCCCAUUUUGUCCUUAGAGAAUUUACUUGAAAACAGCAAGGCAUAUAAGGAUAUCUUAGUUAGAGUCUCCCAAUGGGAGGAUGCCUCCAAGAAGCCUCCCGAAUCGGGCGGAAAGAAUGUUCCUAAAAAGAAGACGGAAGAGGCUGCGCCAGCUACAGAUCCAAUGAAGGAGCCGGACUACCUCGAUGCCCUUGCAGACUCACUAUAUACAUCAAUCGUAGAGACGUUUGGAGCGAGGACUACGUCAUUGGAGGGUAUAACGGCAGAUGAAGGUGGAACUAGUUAUACUCACAGUCUAACCGGGCUUAUCUUUGAUUCACUAACGUGUAGCGCCGUCCGAGAUGUCGGGGAUGCAAUCAUAGUCAUUGCAAAGGCAUCUGUAAAGCACUUCAUGAAACCGAUCUUUUACUCUGCACAGAAUGUGUCUUCACGGCUACUUUUCCAUACAAUAAUCCUGGACUGCUCUCCAGUUGAUAGUCGCCGCAGAGCCAUGGAGAUCCUUGUCAAUGACUAUAAAAGCGUCGAAAUGGGGGUGCCAGUUCAAGAUGAAACAGAGCCAGCAGAGACACGCAAAGCAGAGACCAAGAUUUCUAUGGUUAGAUUAGCUCUUUCCGGCGCCAAGAAGCAAUAUGAUAAGGAGCUUGCCCUGCAUUCUAAGGAGCCAAAAGAAGCAUCUCUUUCGCCCAGACAGAAGAUUCCUGCCUUAUCUGAUUCCGAUCUAGGCCCUGCUGCAACCACUGUCACAGAUGCCGUGGCUAAUGGAGACGAGCAAGGACCUGGUGCAUCUGCUGCGACAUAUGUUACGCCCUUCUAUGACACUGUUUUCGUUGUCGAUGAUCCCCACGGCGCUGCCCAUCAAAUGUACUUGAAGUCUGUUCCCCUUAUUAAUUCUGCGCUUCACGCUAUUAAGGAACUAGUCACCCUAGCGCACAAAACUAGCAUCGACGCCUAUAGAAGCUCAUCAGGAUCUAUGGAUAGCUUCUCCCCUGAAGAGGCAAGUUACAAAAAGGCCCUUGAUACGCUGAAGCAAGCUCAGGAAGCGCUUUCACAAGCAAAGAAGGCAGACCAGAAAAGACUGCAGCAGGCCGUCGAUGAGGCAACUAAAGUCGUGGCUGAGCUUGAAAAAGCUCUUCCUCCACACCCUGUUACUAAGAUCAAUGAAGAAAAUAUGUUUCUGGUGACGUACAUGGACACCACUGCGUCAAAUCGCAUCGAUCCAACCUCGACCCUUGAAGAGAUUCUUCACCGCGUCCGCAAAGCCUAUACUUGCUAUACCUCGAUUCUUCAGAAAAAGCUAACCAACUUAGCCACGUAUUCCUCUGCGCAAAGUAUCUCUGGGCAAGGAACCUUUACAAGCUUUCUCCACGUGCAGACAAGCGAUGACCUUUACGUUAUAGAAACUAUCCAGAGGAUACUGGAUGUUAUAUUUGAUGCUGCCGACUACAAACAGGAGAGCUUUAGCGGAAUUGCAAGUGAUGAGAGCGACAUCCCUGACCCCGAGCGAACUAUGGCUGUUACAGAUGCAGGCGCAGAUGUCGAGUCCGUUGCUCCAGCUGUGGAAUCCCUUGAAGUCACAGAUCGAAAGAAGUCGCGCACGUCCAAGACGCCGAUCCAGGUGCUGAACAAAAUGCUUCAGAAGUAUGCGCGCUCACCAGCAUUCGCAACCCUUAAGCAUGUCACAGGUGCCAUUAUGAAUAAGGAAUUCAUGUCCCCCAAGGUGAUGCUUGAGUGCCUGUAUGAUGCUGCGGUCUUUCAAUAUGAACACGAACAGACUUUCAAGCGCAUCGCCCGUGUCUUGCCAGCAAAUUCUUCUACCAUCUACUCGUUCCAAGACGCUCAGAAACAAGUGCAGACUAUUUGCGCAGAGAUAAAGGACUUGCAGGCGUCCUUGUCUAGUAAGGGAGCUAACGCAAAGCAACUAUCUCAAAGUUUGGCAGAAAAACAGGCGGCAAAGGACAACGCUGAGACAAACAUACGGACCCUUUUCAGUGGCGUGGAUUUUCCAAGCGAGAUGGGAUCUACUCGCUGGAUUCUCAAGCCUCAUUCCAGCCUACGCGUUGGGUUCCGCUUUGUCUCCAAUAGCAUUCUUACCACAAAGCUUCGGGUGCACUUUGGUGUUCGAGGCUGCAGCACUGUUUUCCCGCUUGUAUUUGUCUGCAAAUGUGACUUCCCCCAUAUAAUAGAGCAGUUGAACGUCAUAUUUACGGCCCGUACUGCGACGAAGAAUGGAAAGUCUCUCACUCCUUUACCAGAUGGAAUGUCUACAGCCAUGCUUACAACAUCUGGCACACAACCUGGGCCCGAUGAAUCAAGUGCUGCCGCGGAAGUAUCACAAACCCCUAACUUUAAUGAUUCAGAUCAGAAAGGGGAGCCAGUUGCAAUUGUGCAGCGACCAGCUGAGGUUUCAGUAAAGCCUCGGCCAGGGGAGCCCGUUGCCCUUUUUGGAUUUGGAUAUUUACGAUCAGGCCUUCAGAGACCAGAGUUCUUUUCCAUGAGCUCAGCCUUUUCCAAUCCAUACGCUGCAUCUGAGGCCCCUCUUGACGUUAUGCCAGGCACAAAGCAACGCCCCUCGACUAAGGUACGAUCACGGCCGUCAUCCUCUGUCUCUGCAUUACCAAAGGAUGAAGGGCAGAACCAGGGAAAUAAGCCUGAAGCAUCACCAUCUUGUCUUCUGACUAAGCUGGAUACUCUAACCCAUCAGAGGGCGUGCAAGUUUAUUGCUGACACCAUAUGCAAAUUUACGCCACAACAUAUGGAGGUGCUCAGCAUAAUCAAUGACAGCUACUUCCCCGUUACCGUGGCCUUUAUCUUUGAUAGCAUGCUCCAUGGACUCGCAGAACUAACGCAUGCUAACAGCAGUAGAGGCACCGAGAUUAACUUCUCUUCCGAUGAAGUCGUCUCUGUUGUUAAAGAAGGCCUGCAGAAGGUCUUCUCAUCUACAGAUCCAACCCUUUCCCUUCAAGAUUUACUAUUCGAUGGAUCCCUUCAAACAAGUAAGAGCGGAACAAAGCAGCAAGGUAAGCCUGGUACCAAGGGAGCACCAGUUGCCGAUGUGGAACCAGUGUUCGUUGUUUAUCCAUACAGAUUGACUCUCCAGCCAGGUGAGCGGUCUGCCAUUUAUAUCACAUGCUUUCCUCCAGAAGACAAGAGCUAUAAGGAAACCCUCUUCAUAGGUGUCAAUGGUAACCCUAGUUACCUAGCCAUCGGGUUCAGCUGCGCAGGACAGACCCCCCGUAUUGAAUAUAGCCUACCUGAGUGUGCUGAAGACCUCUUACCGUGUAGUAAUAUUUCUAAGGAUGUCGACGACUUAGCAGCAAAUAGCACGCGUUAUUUGGCCAAUGGCUAUAAGCUAGAUGCUAAAGACAUCGUAUCUGGCUCAAAGAAUGCAUCCAAAGCACCUACCAAGGGGAAGGAUCCGGCUCACGAGAACCUCUAUCAAUUGAACAACCUUCUUGUCCCCCGCGUUCCAACGAGUACGACUGAGUCCUUAGAAAUCCCAAUUGAAAAUACUAGCCAGCUGCCCCUUAUGGUCGAGUAUUGUCCUAUGCACACGGAACUCUCUAUGCUUACAGCAGUAACCCAGGUCGUUAAUUAUCCCGAGUACCUUGUAAAGUCUUCCGUCAAGACCACGAAGUACCCCAGAUCAACGAGAAUUGCCGACCAACAAUAUUCUUGGAGAGUCAACAAUUCCCUUCUGAUCAAUAACGCUCGCUUCUAUCUUGGUCCGGGAGAGAGGAAGGUACUCAAUGUUGAGUACUCAAGUCCCACAGAAGCACGAAUAGUCAUGCCUGGAAAGUUGCUUGUUCGGCAGCAUGUAGGUGGGCUCAAAAAUGUUCCCGAAAACGACGUCCUUGUUGACAAGUCAAGGGCCAACGGGCCCAGACUACCAACUCUCGAUGCACUUGGACGUGCAUUUUUAGACCCUGUCGUUGAGCAUGCCCUAAAUAUCAUAUGCGAAUCACACAAGGUAGAUGUUUUUACGACUAUUGUGGGCAUUUCAGAAAGUCCGGACAGGAUACCAUCUGCCGUUCAGAGCGGUGAGUCGGCCUUUGAUACAACUAAACCGAACAACAAUCUAAAUCUUGGGAUUGUACGGGCACUUGUGUAUUUCAAGGCCGAGCUCAUGCUUGUCAACAACGGACCUUAUCAAGUUGGCUACAAAAUCGUUGUCAGCAAAAGCUUUAAAGACGUAAUCUUCCUCAUAGAAGACUCUGAUUCAAGAGAAAAAGCAGAGCGAGGCAAGAAGCAAGAGUCAUCUGCACCAGCACAGACACGUCCCAUUGAUCCAGAUAUGUACAAACUGGUGACAAUCCAAAGUGGCACUCUCGGAGUUGACGAAUCCAAUAGGCCGUCCAGUCGCCCUAACCCUCCACAGAAACAAGGCAAGGGAGCCUCUGAGUCCUCUACAAGCAAAGUUAGGAUCAGUUUAAUCUUCCGUGCGCCCGAGGCCCGAAUCUAUGAAAAGGUACCAAUCCUCCAGGUCACAUUUUUUGAGCCUCUCACAAAUCUUAUGUUGGCGCGAAACAAUGUUAACCUUACAGCUGAGGCUGUCUUUAGCCAGGCCAAGAUUCAGCCAGAACGGAAUAUUGUCUUCGGCGAGCACCCGCAUGGAAAAGUUGUUUCAAAGACGAUUUCAAUACGCAACGAAGGACAUUUCCCAUUCCUCCUUUAUAUCGAGCCCUUGGAGCAGGUAAUAAAACGAUGGCUGCUCUUCGGUGAAGCUAGCCCGUUCAGUGAUCAUGCAAAAAAGGCAACCAAUUCUGAAUUGGAUGCUUCUGCGUUACGUCAGUUUGGUGUUCAUUUAGAGACGGUUCACGAGCUAUACAGAUUAUGCGUUGAAAAUGGCCUCAUUCGCCCGUCAACAGAGCAAAAAGCACAAUCAAAAAGCGUAGAAAAGAGAAGCUCUGCAGCCACAACUAUUAAUCUGGCAUCAAUAGCUGCGCUCCGCUCUGGGCCAUUCAUCAUACAACCUUCUCUCUUGCACCUAGCUCCUCAGGAGUCUCGAGAGGUGACGGUGACAUUCACAUCACAGGCAAAUGGAAACUGGCGCGACUACUUCAUCAUAGACUACACCAACAAGCCUCCAGAUUACUUUGGUGGCUCAGCAUUGACGGAGACUUUCCUUGCUUCUCUAUUAGCUUCGCUGAACGACUCCGCUAAGACUGCACCAAGUAUCUUACAAACCUACAUUUCGAAAAAUGAGGAUGUCCAGCAAAGGCUUGCCAAACUGCAAUACUACGUGACGAAUCUUCCUUUAUUGCGCUACUCUUUAUCGGCAAUAUCUAUAAUACCAGGAAUAGUAACGUCUAAUUACUCUAACAUCUUUGAAGAGCAAGCCUUAUCGAACCAGCUUCCGGCCAACCCAAGUAUGCUUGUUGGCGGCCCGACGUUUUCACCUAUCAGCAAGAUAUUCUGUCUUGGUCCUUGUGUCAUUGGCAGCGAGCUUUCUGAGAGGAUUAAAGUUACCAAUCCAUAUUCUGUUCCGUGCACAGUAGCCAUAUUUCUUAAUUUUGAUCAGACUAGGAUGACUCCGCAAGCUCUUGAUGGUGUGAUUAGCGAGCGCUGCGGGGAAACAAGCACGCAGAUUGUUAACUUUGUAUCAGCAAAUCUGAAGAAGAAUGCCAAAAGGGAGAGUGCCACGCCUUCCUCUCAAGAGAGAUCAUCUCAACAAGCAGCAAAACCGCCGAAACCGUCUGGUGACAAGAAGGAUACAACGCUUGUCACGAACGAUAAUGAGGCGUGGUCGUUGGAAAAUGAUUUCUUCCGAUUGCUACCAAACGAGAGUACCUACGUGACGCUCAAGUACUUUCCCUCUGCACAGGUUGUUUCCCGUUGUCAAGUUAUCUGCGUUGUUGUAGAUCAUCAUUUUGCGGUGGUGGAUCUGAUAAAGAACAACCUCCCCGGAAUCUUUGGAUUGGCCCAGCUCCAAAGUGGAGGAUCCAAGCAGCCUACCGGAAAGGGGAUGCCUCCUCAAGAUCACGUCAUUCUUCAGCAGCUUGAGGACGGGCUUCAGGAACAGGACGUAGCUCGUCGCCGCUUCUCCUUUAUUGCUGAGGCAACGGGCGUUCUUCCAGAGGUGUCCUUCAGCCCACAGUUUGUUAACCUGGGGAAAAUUACUGUUGGGGCAUCAGAAAUGGACCUUCCAACACAUCCUAUAUCCAUUUUAAAUACGGGCCGCGUCAGUGCAUCUUAUGCAAUCGUCAUCAGUUCACAAGAUAUGCGCCACGCGGACUGCUUCGUGAUUUUGCAAUCACAGGGCCGUGGCUCCUCUGAUCCUGUUAUAGAGGAUGGGGAGGAGAUACAUGUCAAGGAGCCCAUUCCACAAGGAAGGCUUUUUACAGGCCUUGUCGUUCUUCCGGCGUCAACGAAGAACUAUUUUACCAUAGCCCCAAACACAGCCGCGUUGGCCAAAUUCCCUAAUGGGGAAGUUAUUACUGCAACACUGACCCUCAAGGUUAUGACGAGCUUCGUGGACUAUAACGUCGCGGAGAUUCCUCUCCAGUGUAUCGCCAUUUCUAGCAAGCUGAACGCCAUAGAGGGCCGGUUUAUAAGCACAGCUAUACAAAUCAUGUAUAAAGAAACCACUGCUCUACUAUUUGGGACAUUUGGCAACCCUAAGGCAGAACAGCUGACUGAGACGAUUCUCAGCCAUCUGUCGGAUAGUAAGGCAUACGAGCAGCUACGCCAAAACCAGAUCUCUACGUAUGGAGAUGUACACUUCAAUCAGGCAAUCAGCAAUCGAGCCAAUGUCUAUCUCAAAGAUCUCCCUCUUAACUUGGCAGGCUCGGAAGAAGAGAAGUUCGGCGAGACAUCACUGCCAUCUACAGAGCCUAGCAACGCACGGCCGAAAAGCAGACCCUCACAAAGUUCAUCAAUGUCUGUUAGCUCUCCGCCGCCAAUUCCACAAUAUAUGACCACUCUCACCUCGGCAAUAUAUAAUACAGAGGUUAUCUUACAGAACACCAGUACAAACCACAUCCGAUUUGAAUUCAACAUAGAUCUUUGCCGGAAGCUUGGUGUAAUUGUUCACCCAUCAAUAGGCCACAUCCAUGCAGGGGCAAAGAAGACGAUUAUCCUUCGUCUCACUUGCCCAGGGAACGCUGAUGAGUUUGCUUCUCUUUUCAGUGUGCCUGGAGGUAAGGCAGCACCGCUAAAAACCAAGAAAAUGCCGUCAAAAUAUGGUCAGACAGUGCUGUUCGGCACUCCCUUGAUUUGUCGCUAUUACCCAAUCAUGUUCCAGCCAGGGCGACGCGUUAAUGACUGGGACAAUGCUCAAACAACGAUAAGUUACGUGACAAAUGCUAACGGUGUUGCUGUUCGCACAGAGACUGUCUGUCCAGAGCCAGAAUAUCAGGUUUAUCUAGAUGAGGAUGAGGUAAGGAGCCUGCUCGAAGAAAUGGUCUCAUCCCGAGAUCUUACCGACGGUUUGCCACGUACUGGAAAAGGACCAUCGCAGGCGUCCACCAAGGCUGCUCACCCUGCUGAUAGACAGGCUUUGCUUCAGAAGGUGCUAUCUGAUAUCCAUGCGCCGGACAACCGUAUUGCAUUGGCGUCGAGUUUUCUCGAGCUUAACCUCUUCGGCUUUGCGGGUGACUUUUCAGUUAAGUGCUUUAGUAGCUCGUCAACUGGAGACUUAGAGCCGCUGACAUUGAAAGCUGAUAGCGUCAAUGGAUACUCACUUUUGGAGUUCCCAAUGGUUAGCACACCAAUCCUUCAAAAGUCUGCUGCUGCCUUCUAUCUGCUUAACGAUUCACAGACAAGUCCUGUUGUCAUAUUCAAUUCUAUGGCUACAUCACAACCCGAGAGUCCCUAUCUUGUUGAGCCUGUUCUCGAUGGAAAAACCGAGAUUGCCAUGGUUCCUGCAAGGCCUGAUUUACUGGCUUCCCUUGUUCGUGAGUACUAUCCGACCUUGCCAGAAAUUCCCUCUAUCUCCGGGCUUAUGGCAAAGGUUGGUAUAGGAGCAAAGACCCAGAUAGACAAGAACGCCUUAAACGCUCUCCAAACUGCACUAACAUCGAGCAAUCCAAAUAUCAACCGGUACCUGAUACGAUAUAAUAUUUCUUAUGAGCCUCGCUUCCCUGGAGCUCAUCAUGAAGUGUUCGCCUCCACUGCUGGCAACAUAUCGUUGUCUCUCUCAGCUAUGGCCAUCCUGCCUGUCUGUCAUCUAGAAUGCAACAGCAACAAUGUGUACCUCCAGACGAUGCGCCCCGGCUCUAUGAAGACCCCGCAAUCAUUUGCCAAUUUGAUUUGUUCUAAUCCGAAGUCAGUGAAGGUCUUAGAAAUACUCGGACAGGGUGUUGGGAUUACUAUCACGAACCAUAUCACCGUUCUGAACUGCAUUAAUCAGCCGUACGAUGUAACGCUGCAGCGCCUUCCCGAAAGCAACUCCAGUAUAGUGUCGACAUUCGGCGCCGGUGGCCGCGUAUCGCCUGGCGAAACCUCUAUCAUACGCUUCGAUUAUACCCCCACCAGAGAGAGCACUCGUGCUGGAGUUGAGGAGGGCUUCUUUAUACUUCGCAUUCCUCAACAUGAUGUUACGUUGCCUCUACUCGUUGUCGGGCGGCCCACUGAGCCGGAGGUUAUACUAAGCACUAAUAAGUUGUCAUUCAAUCCCAUUCUUGUUGGUGAUUGUGCUACCAAGGAAGUGAGCUUGACUAAUACUGAAAAGUAUCCAAUGAAUUAUAAGAUUCGCCUAGCGCAACCUGCUAAGAACAUGGUGGACGAUGAUAGUGCCAAUGCAUCCUUCCAGUGCACCAUUACUCCGACAGCGGGAAUACUUCAGCCCCUGUCGACAACGUCUAUACUAUUCACUGUGAAGCCUACAUGCGAGGGACGCAUCAAUCAACUGAUAAAAAUUGUGAUGCCGCGACGGUCUGUACCGCUUUCCCUCAAUGUCAAAUAUGAGUCAUUUAAUGCAAAGCAUCUUCUUGAGCUCCUUCCAGACACCCCAGUUGGCCUUCCCCACCAGCUAGGCUCGCACAGUGAGCUUAAUUUUGAAACCGUAUUUGUUUCGGAUUACCGUUCACGAACACUCAGGCUCUCAAAUAUUGGCUCCCACACGAUAGGAUAUACAUGCAUUCUUUCUCUGAAGCGUCAUAAUUCUACUGCAAGGCGUGACGAAGUAGAAUUUAAACGGGCUAAAAGCUGUCUUGAGUAUGAAGUGGAAACCUCGGAUGGAGAUAAGGAAACCAACGCAACAUCUAAGCAAACUAUCAAACCAGGAGAUCAUGUCUUCAUAACCCUGAAGUUUCAACCUACUUUGGAACUGCGACUUACUAAGGAUUUCGGUCUAACCUUCACGGUCAGUGUAGAGGGCUGUGGGUCACAAGAGUUGCAACUUCUAGGAACUGGGCUGAAGCCUGGGCUGCAUACGGAAAUAACUCGCUUGGAUUAUGGAGCCAUGUUGAAUUCUCUCCGCCACGAUAAGUAUGCUCCAAGGGUCAUUUCCUUUGUGAACAGGGAUACUCAGCCACUUACCAUGGAAUACUUCCUCGGAACAAACGACUUCUUCAUCGAUACUCCACCUCUUUCUGAGCCUCUACGCGUUGGAAGGACACAUGAUGUAGCAAUCAAGUUUAUACCCGGCUACGCCGGAAAGUUCAAGGACAUGCUUACCGUUAUGGUCAACGGGCUCUAUAAGUUGCGCUAUCCUUUGACAGGUCAAGGUAUUGAUUGCAGCUUUGCUCUGCAUGAUGUGUUGAGUGGAUCUCUUAUCAAUUCUUACAGCAAUCUCAGUACGUCGCAUGCGCUAACUGUUAUUAAUUUGGGAAGCACCUCGCUUUCCAGCCCGCCAAUUAUCAAGGCCGUUAAUAUCAAGAAUACAACGAGCGCCACUAUGCAUGCGCGUGUAGCGGUCAAUGACGUCUCUUCAGAUGAAGUCCCUAAGGGACUUUUCUUGGCAAUAGUCCCUACAGAGCAAUACCACGAUUACUUUAAUAAGUGCAUGGAUAUGCUUGAUAACUGGAGCAAUAGAAACACUAAGCAAAUCUAUUUGACAGGGCUCCCUAAGGAGAGUGAAAUGCUUCCAAAUCAACUCUGCACAAUUAUGAUCAUGCACAGUCCGGUUUCUCGGACACCGCAGUUCCAGAUUUCGGCCUCGAUUAGCAUUGAAGAUAGUAUCAUUUUUGAUAGCAUUAUCAGCAUUAAAGGCGCAGUCUUGGGCUCAUCAGCAAAGCUUAUAAAUCAGAAUAUAGAGAUGCCCCCAUGUAUUAUAAACUCCUUUGUGUCCAGAAACUUCUUCAUCGAAAAUACUGGCGAUACAGAGCUACGUUAUACCAUCUCUGUCCCUCCAAAGGGUCUCGUUAAGAAGAGCCUUCUGGAGCUUUUUGAGAAGGGGGUGGUAACGAUUAGUCCUGUCUCGGGACUUAUUCCAGUUGGAACGAACGCUACUAUCACAGUGAAGUUUUCCCCACAGCAGGUUUGCCGGCACUUUAUCCCCAGCAUCCCCGUAGAGUGCACACUGGAGGGGAAGAUGAUUGUAGUCGGGGAAGCCACCCUUCGCUGUGUAUGUCUUGACAAGGCAUCUAUGGAGGCAGCACCUAACGCCCAAGAAGUCCAUAUGUCCUGCAAUGCCCGUGAAUCUACAUUCACCAUACUACACGUUGACAACAACACAGAUUCUGUCUUUGUCGUACGUUCUAUUCUGGACGGACCAGACGCCAGACAAUUCCAGGUUCCGGAGCGGCUCAGUAUACCACCAGGCGGAAUGGAUUUUAAGGUCAUGUAUAGUCCUCUUGCUACUGCUGACUUGCAUCGUGCUGACCUCUACAUUGCAGGUGCAGAUGGAGGGGCAAGUAUAUGGGCCCUGCAUGGAACGGUUGGGCAGCCUAUGGAUGAAGCUGUGAUUACUAAUAUGCAAGAGGCAGAUUACAACGACCUAAUUGGCAAAUCGGGAGCGUCUGUGGCUAUAGUUGGGAAGGACAAAGGAAAGCAGACGUCAGUGGCAGGCGUGCCACAGGGCCUUCCCCAGAGCUUUAUUGAUACCCUCACAAAGGCCCAGAGGACCAUCUGCACAGGUGUGGAGGCCACUUGUUAUCGGUAUACUACAUUCUCCUUCCCUCUGCGGAAUUGGGAAAAGCGAAUGCAGCGCUUCACCGUUGAUGUCCAGUUCCUAGAUUCUUCUCUCAGCACCUUCUGCCAGCUGAACUAUCCGGAGAUAGUGGAUGCUCCCGCUAUAGGAGCAGUUCGGAAUAUAGAGCUAGGGUUUAUGCCGUUUAUAUCUGGAAAGCUAUUUGCAGGAACCCUAUCUUUUGUGGCACAUGAAACGAACGAGAAGCUUAUUUAUCGCUUUGUCUUUGAAUCUGGCGGGGCACCAGUUGUUGGCCGCGCUGCCCUGGAGACAACUGUGCGCGACCCUGUGGAGAAGCUCAUCACUAUACCAAACCCUCUUCUCAGUAACAAGACUAUUUCUUCCCUCACACUUACUGCCACAAAUGAUCGUGAUGAUCUUACGAUUACACCAGAGACAGUUACGUUCAACAACAAGACGAGCACCUACUCAUUCAAAGUCAAGUUCAAUCCAUAUGUCCCCUUUGACUCGGGGGCUAUCAAUACAAAGGUGUCUUUCGGUGUAUCAACAAUUUUAAGCGGUGUGGAGAAGAGCGAGCUGUGCCGGGUUGAUUACACUCUUGAGCUUAUGUGUUACAUCCCACGGCCGUCCUCUCCUAUGAAGGUUCAGGCUGACGUGGGGACUACUCUUCCAUUCACGAUUACCCUUGUGAAUAAUCUCAGGCCAAAGCCGACGGAGAAAAUCGUGUAUGCCCUUGGGCUAACUGAAAUGCAUGACAUAGCAGGUAUCAAUGAGCUUAUUUCGAAGAAGACAGCCAGCGGGGCUGUGUCAACCAAGACGAGAGAAACAGUGUUAGGAAUCGUCGAUGGUAAGGCUAUUCAGAACAAUCUUGCUUGUUUUGGAUUAACAUCGGCCGAGGUGGCGGCAUCGUAUGGUCAGCCGUUUACUAUUUCUCUCAAGUUUUCGCCCCAAAGCUUCGGAGAGUAUAGCGCAAGCCUUGUCGUAUACAAUAAGCAAGGUGGCUUCUGGGUUGUGCCAUUAAUCGGAAAAUGCACACGCCCCCCUGCCAGCGGAACAAUUACGGUGACCAAGUAA